GAACAUCUAAAGUAGUUCAAGUAUUUUAUGAUUCAAGUAUCCUAACCUCAUUUUAAACUUUAUUUGUUGUUUUGAAAUUAUUUACUUAUUAAAAUAGAAAAUAUCUGCAAAAUAUAAACAUUUAUUGUCUUUAAGUAAUAAAACUAAAACAAUGAAUUUAUUGCCGAAGACUAAAGAAGAAUUUAGUCAGAAGGAAUAUUGGGAUCUAUUCUUUAAAAAACGUGGAAAUAAAGCUUUUGAAUGGUAUGGCGAGUAUCCUGAACUUUCAGGGUAUAUACAUAAAUAUGUAAAAACUCAAGACAAUAUUUUAGUUAUGGGUUGUGGUAAUUCGAGUCUGGGUAAAGAUUUAUAUGAUAUAGGAUUCCAUAAAAUAACAAAUAUUGAUAUAUCUAAUAUUGUAAUUAGACAAAUGCUUUCUCAAAAUGAUAAAGAAAGGCCGGGUCUGGAAUAUAUUCAAAUGGAUGCUCUACAUACCACUUUCGAAGAUGAAAAAUUUAGUGUUAUAAUUGACAAAGGCACACUCGAUGCCUUAAUGCCAAAUGACAAUGAUGAAACUAUCAAAUCAAUUGACCAAUACUUUGCAGAAAUACAAAGGCUUUUAAAGCUUGGAGGAAGAUAUUUGUGUAUCUCUUUAUUACAAGAACAUAUUUUAAAUAAAAUUUUGUUAUAUUUUCCAAAAAAUGACUGGAUGUUUAGAGUUGUUAGAUGCUUUGAACCUGAAACUAAAUCUGUGCAAAAUGGAGAAAAUGCUUUGCCUGUGUUUAUGGUUAUAUGUACAAAAUUUAAGGCAUUGCCAAGAAUGAUUUUAGAGGCCAGCUUAGGUUCCACCAAUAAAAUCGAUAAAUAUAAUUCAAUUGAGGAGAUAAUAUCAUUCAUUACUAGUAUUCAAACGGCUUCGUUUGUUUGUUCAUCUUUAAAGAAAUGUAAUAUUAAUGAAGAUGCUGAGAUCAGUUUAGAUCUUUACGAACCGGGCAGUCAGUCACCUAGGUAUACUGUUCAUGUUGUUGAAGUACCAUACAAGGCCAAAAAUUUACCCUACGCGGCCUUCAUCAUUCCUCAAGGAAGGGAAUCGGAAUGGUUGUUUUCAACUAAAUCUGGUAGACAAAAUUUAGUAACAAUGACAAAUCAUAACCGAUUAGCUAUAGUUUCAAUGCACAGGGGGAAAGUGUAUGAGUCUUUAGAUGCUGUGAAAAGCGAGUUAGAAGAUAUAAUAUGUAAUUUAGCUCCAGCGCAUUUGAAAAACCACAAAAUUGCGUUUCUCUCAUUAGGCUCUGAUAUUGGUAAACGAGAAAUAAGGCAUCAAGGUAAAUCAAUUUUUUCCGGCGAUUAUGUAAUAGAAGACGUUGAACAUGAAAACGGAGAUAUUUUCAGACGUUUGUUCUACCUUAGCUCUCAAUUAGUCAUCCAGUCAGAAGCCAAAAUUAAAGUAAUAAAAACCAGAGGAGGAAAACAAAAGAAUAUUAUAGAUCUUUCAACAUUAAUGUGCCAACAUCACAUAUACAUGAGCGUUGCGACACAUCUUGCGUAUAAAAUCAAGAAAAACGCAACAGUGGCAGUUUUAGGGUUAGGAGGAGGCAGUUUAUGUUCGUUUUUGCAUAAAUUUCUGCCUGAAGCUGUUAUAAUUGGUGUAGAUAUCGAUUCGGAAAUGUUAGAAAUCGCUAAAGAUUGGUUUGGAUUUAAGGAAGAUGAAAAAUUAAGAGCUAUCAUUCAAGAUGGUUUAGUUUAUCUUAGCGAUUUAAACAAAGUUGGGCAAAAAGUAGAAGCAAUUCUAUGUGAUGUCGAUAAUAAAAAUUCAGAGAUAGGCAUGAGUUGUCCACCAAAAGAGUUUCUAUCUCCCAAGACAUUAAAGGAUGUUUCCCAAUCGCUUUCAGAAGAAGGUGUACUUAUCGUAAACGUCGUCCUAAGGGAUCAAAGUUUAAGGCCAAACAUUCUAAAAGAUUUAAGAACACAUUUUAAAUCGGUGGUAGCAUACAAGCUUUCAGAAGAUUUAAACGAGAUAUUUUUAUGUUCUAAUUCAAAUAAGGAAGAGAAAUAUUUUAAAGAUAAUUUAAAGGUAGGCAUGGAGGCGAUAAAAACAUUUUUUAAGAAAAAUAAUGUCAACCAAGAUGUUGAAAUUGUUGAGUAUAUAAAUAGAUUGAAUAUAAACAAAUAACUGUAUUUA